CAAUUAAUUUGUCACAAUGACUUCAAGUUCGAGUUUACGUUCAUCUUCUUCUGCAUCCCCCAAAACAAGCUAUGAUGUCUUUCUUAGUUUUCGAGGUGCUGACACCCGCAAUAAUUUUACCAGCCAUCUUUAUGCUGCUCUGCGUCAAGAAAACAUCAAGACUUCUAUAGAUAAUAAUUUGACUAGAGGAGAAGAGAUAGAACCAUCUCUGAUGAAAGUGAUUGAAGAAUCUGAGAUUUCAGUGGUUAUUUUCUCAAAAGGGUAUGCUUCUUCUCCAUGGUGUUUGGAUGAAUUAGUGAAGAUUCUUGAGUGCAGAGAAACAAUGCAGCAUAGGGUCUUAUCAGUUUUCUACUAUGUUGAUCCAUCUGAUGUUGAAGAACAGACUGGUGACUUUGGAGAUGUAUUUCAGCAGCUUGCAAAACAGUAG